CGGUUGUUCGUUGUCCCGAAUUCUACAAAAAUUAGUUUCGCUUUUCAACAGGUGUAAUGCGGAUCGAUACAGCAGUGUUCGUUGAGUUAUUAAUUUGAACAGGAAAAGUUUCCAAAGUGAUUUUGUGUUGUUGAUGCGUGUGACCCAUAAUAAUUGGAUAUUGUUGUCGACACCGUAAAAACUUCAAAAUGUGGCUGCAAACGAGUGCUGCGAUAGUGAUUUUAGUAUUAUGCCAAAUCAUAUCCGCACAGGAAAAUGCUCAAACAAGGAUACCGCAGUCUCUAAUGGUGUGCUACGAGAACCCUGAAAUUCGCGAACGAGACAAUAGGCUGCCGUCCAAUAUCAAUAUGCUGAUUGAACUCAUUCGAAAAGUUGAAGACACCCCGGGCAUCAAUUUAGAUAUGAGACAAAUGGCAUUAGCACUAGUCCAUAGAUUCCGAUUGGACGGCAUUGAACGUGCUCCUGGUGCAAUAAACCCGGGCGUAACUCCAUUCAGUCCGUCGGGAUUUCAAUUUUCCAAGCAUAGAUUGAUACUGUCCAGACUUCUUCCGGGUACUGCUAUCAAUUUUCCGAAUGGAACAUUGACAACAUCUGAGCAAUGUGCACUCCAUUUCAUGUUGUCCCAUUCCAUUGAAACCCAAGUCAGGGGUGAUGAAGCCCAACGAUGCGGUCAAUUGGCACCAAUCAGAGCAUUACGCAUUCCACGAGCGCUGAGAGAACGGAGAGGCGUUCCAGCGAAAAGUAACUUUAAGGGAGACGUAGAAUUGAUGGAGGAACUUAAGGAGUAUCAGCACCGGAAAUCGGGUAACAUGCAAAUGAAUGAAGAUUAUCCAGAAGCUAUUGCUGACGAAGAAGUGGCCGAGGAAGAUACACCAGAGAGAGCUGGUGAAAAUGAAUUCGAAGAGGGUGAUCCGAUUGAACAGGCAGAGGUUGAUACUACAUUUAUCGGAAGCCAAACAAACGUCAUCAGCCAAUGUCCUGUAGAGAAUGGAGCUAUUCGAACUACAUGGGGUGCAAUAUCUGGAGGAUCUGUAAUCAGUGGCAUUGCCGCUGGUAUCGAUCAGCAAAACAUUCCAAUUCAAAAUCUGUUGGCCAUUUCUCGAGUCCGCGGGCAACAAAGAGCCCGGCAAACUAAUAUGCCAACCGUUGACAACAGAUGGGCGACCACAUUGUCCGGUGAUUUGGCUGAAGUGGCACUUUUACAAGGUCCAAUGUUACCACAAGUUGCUGUCGGUGCCAUCGGUGGCUGGAACAGUACCUUCAUACCGAGAUGGUAUUUCCUGUCACAACGAGAUCGAUUCGAGAUGACCGACGCCGAGAUCCGUGGCGGAUUGGACGGUUUAAUUUUGGCCAUGAAUGUAGUGAACUACAGAAAUCAGGCAGCCGGUAUGCGUUUGAGUCAAUUGCUCGACAUGUACUAUUCACAGCGUGGAGUGUUCACAUCUGAGGUACGAGCAUGUAAUCGACGCUCUUUAUUCACUGAAGUAGCACCGGUUGCGCAAAUGGAAGCCCAGACCACAGCCUUCGGGUUAGUUUUAGACCGGGAAAUGCAAUUGCGGGUUACAUUAUCAGACGUUGCAAUCCAAACGUUUUCCAAUGCUGCUGUGCAAUCACUUUCAACUUAUGUCCCCAAUACAUUGGGCGAUCUGGCCUGUGAAUCGACAUCAAUCACUCCGACUGAUCAGACAAUUUGGCGAUCGGCGACAAGGAUAUUUAUUUACGUUGACACCACAUGGACCUUCCAACAGAUCAGCCCGGUCCUUUCAUUUUUGCUGGAAAAUCUCGAUGUAAAUCGCUUCGGAACCACUUACACCUUAAUGAAUGCAGCCGACGGAGGUGUAAUUGUCAGCUCGACGAACAUUCUCACUGAUUUCUACAUGUUAUGGAACAACACCGUCCAUCAACAGCAUCCCCAAGGCGUUAGUUUACCAAACAUUUUGGCUUCGGUUCGAAAUCAUACCACCGUCAUAAUGAACGAGGAAAGAACAAAUUCGUCGGUCGGUGGCCAGUCGAUGAUUACGUUACUUAUAGCAAACACUGCCGGUGUUAGCGAAGCCGAUAGCAAUUUCGCCUUCGAGCAAAUUCUGUUGUUGAGAGAGCAAGUUCCUGACUUGGUUCUUCUGUAUUUGGCUGGAGGUGUUGCGUCACGUUUCAACAGGUUCGCUCGUACACCAAGUACCGAUGUAUUCCAGCUGACUGUUGGCACUGGAGCUACACCAAUCACUGCAAGUGUUAAUCCAUUAAUUCAACGAAUUCAACGCGUUCCGAGACGAAUAAUUAAUCAUCGUUGCGGAGCCGAUUGGUGGUCCGAGGAAUGGGGAGGCAACAGCAUGAAUGGAUAUGUUGAGCGUGGAGGAAUCGUUUUUUACAGACUGCAUCCGAACUACUUCUUCCGUCGCGGUGAUAAUCGACGAAUUCGAAUCCAAGGCCAUGGCUAUUCAACUAUAACAGUGUGUCACUCCAGAUGGACGGAAUUGCCGAGACAAAACGGAACAAACCAAAACGCUGACGUAACUUGUCAGCAAGUGGACAGUCAGACCGUUGAGAUUUCAUUGAAUAAUGCUUGUGAUGGCACCUGGUUAAUUCAACAUUGCCAACCACUAUUCAUAUCCAUUGAAGGACUAGCAUCGGCCGCGGUUCCAGCAUUCCGUUGUUCAGAUGAUAGCGAAUGCCGUUUCCCCGAUAGUGUCCGAUUCGGCAUAAAUCACGAAAAUCUUGGCUGUUUCAGCAGUGCUGGUCGACUAUUUGGUGCCAUUUCUUUGAUUAUUUUGUCAAUAUUUUUAGUGGGAAAUCUGUAACUCUGUUCGUCGGUUGAAGCGUUUCCUUUACGCCAGUGUGGUCCAAUUGAAGUAUUUAAGACGAGUAAUAAUUUAGUGCGAUGUAUUGAUAAGGUUGACAAUUUUUUUUUUGUAAAUUUAGUUUUGGAUUUAGAAAUAAAUUUUAUUUAUAAGA